AGACAUUUGCCUCAAUAUUUUUUGAGACAUCUUGUGUUAUUAUCCUAUUUGGUGCCAUUACAAAAGCUGGAAGGAUGACUUCUAAAUCAAUAGUGGAGGAUGUUCGGAAGGUGUUUAACUCGGGUCGCACCCUCAAUGUGGACUUCAGGAAGGCCCAGCUCCGCAGCUUGCAGAAAAUGUACUUGGAACACAAAGAUGACUUCUGCUCUGCUCUGGCUUCUGAUCUCCAUAAGCCAGCACACGAGGCCAUUGUGUUGGAGCUGAAUCUCGUCAUUGGGGACAUUGACCACAUCCUUGCCCGCAUUGAUAACUGGGUCCAGCCUGAGAAGGUGCCCCGCAAUCUGCUCACCAUCUUUGACACGCCCAUGAUCUACAACGACCCGUACGGCGUGGUGCUCAUCAUGGGCGCCUGGAACUACCCUGUGCAGCUCGGCCUACUGCCUCUCGCUGGCGCUAUCGCGGCCGGCAACUGCGUGGUGGUGAAGCCCUCAGAGCACGCGCCCGCCGUCUCCAGCCUCAUCGCCAGACUGCUGCCCAAAUUCAUCGACAAUGAAUGCUAUCAAGUUGUGGAGGGCGGGGUGCCAGAGACCACAGAGCUGCUGAAGGAGCGCUUUGACUACAUCUUCUUCACAGGCUCCUCCCACGUGGGCAAGAUUGUCCAGCGCGCCGCUGCUGAACACCUCACCCCCACCACGCUAGAGCUCGGUGGCAAGAGCCCAGUGUACCUGGAUGACACGGUGAACUUGGACAUAGCGACACGACGCAUCAUGUGGGGCAAGUUGAUCAACUGCGGCCAGACGUGCAUAGCGCCCGACUACCUGCUCUGCUCCAAGACUGUGCAGGAGGCCUUCGUUGCCAAGGCCAGGGAGGUCAUCAACGAGUUCUAUGGCGAGGAUCCCAAGGCCAGCCCUGACUACUGCAGGAUUGUGGCUGAGAGACAUGUGGAUCGGCUGUCGGAGUACCUGAAGGACGGCACCGUUGUAGUGGGGGGCGAGGUCGACAAGAAGCAGAAGUACUUCGCCCCCACCAUCCUCACCGACGUCUCGCCCACCAGCAAGGUCAUGACGGAGGAGAUCUUCGGCCCCAUCCUGCCCAUCGUCAACGUAGAGAACGUCCACGAUGCCAUCAAGUUCAUCAAGACCAGGCCUGGCGAGCCCCUGGCGCUGUACAUCUUCAGCUCCUCGAAGCCCACGCUGAAGCACCUCGCGCACGACCUGCCUGCUGGUGGCAUGGCUGUCAAUGACGUCAUUUUCCAUGCAGCAGUACCCGAGCUGCCGUUCGGGGGCGUGGGGAGCAGCGGCAUGGGUGCGUACCACGGCCACUUCUCCUUCCUGACCUUCACCCACCGCAAGAGCUGCCUCCACCGCAACUACAACCCCAUCGCUGAGUGGAUCGGCAGCAAGCGCUACCCGCCCUACACGCCCAAGAACACGCAGUUUCUGUCCUUCGUCACAAAGGAGAUGAAGCUUCCGUCGCUGCGCUACCUCCCGCACCUCGUCUGCUUCGCCGUGGGGGCCGCCUCCGCCUACGUGGCUACCUACUUUGCCCAGGCGGGUGCAGAGUCUGCUUACAACGGCUAGGACGACUAAAAGCGGCGAUGUUUUGUGGGACAGCUUACGCAUGCGCACUACCCACACCUCGCGCAUGGGCGCCUAUACCUCAUCCUCCAUCCCUACCUUCUCCUCAGCCCCGCGCCCAAACCCCUCCUAUUAACCAGCAAAUAACACCAUGAGAAAGAGUGUGAACUCCUGCACUUUGAUAAAAAUGUGUCAAAACAACCUAAGUGCCAUGUCGAAGUUUCCGAGUAUAAACUUAUUUCGAUGCCACGCAACGCUAGCGAUUGUUUAAUUCUAUCAGUGACCUGGGCUGUGGGGCAUGAGACCAGCCAUCGGGCACCUAGAGAGGGGCACAAAUUGGCACCUCUAUUCAUAAAUUAGAUUAUUAAUCAUGUUAUUCUGUUCCAAAUAUUGUCACUCAAUUGUUCUACUUUAACGUGUUCUUUGCAAUUAUUUUGUGCUUAUUUUGCUUACGCAUGUUACUCUUCACUUGGACACAUCAUUCAAUGAGGCAAUACUCGAUUUUCAAGUUGAUAUGUGACGUGGAAUGUUGAAUGCAUUAUUCACUCGUAGUAUGAGACUCAGUUUACUAUUACACCACAAUCAGGAAUUGAUGAACGAUGUUUCCAAUCCAAUGUGAUCGCACUAGAGAGAGCUACGAGUUUCGCUAUACUCGUUGUCGGUGUUUUGGCAAAGUGUGCGAGUCUAAAAACGUCUUUUCUUAUUUUCGCUAAUGGUAAUUGAAGUAUAAAUGUUACGAUUGUCAUUCGUAAAUCUGAAUCGGCUGGGAGAACACCCCAGCUUCGGUGACAGCGGGACUCCCAGCUCAACUCCUUCUAUUGGUACGAGUCAUUGCAAGCAUAUGCGGCAAUUACAUUAUACACUCGUCUCAAUACACCUGUGUGACUGUGGUCGGAUGAGUAGUUCAAGUUCUUUUUAGUUUAUAUGCGCAGCUAAGUUCGUUAAGUUUGUGCUGAACGUUUCUUUAGCUUCUUCUAAGGAAACUUUUACGGUUAGUAUACAGCUACACUUUAGUGCUGUUAUGUAGCUAAGUGUCUUACAAGCUCCCAGACAAGAUGCGUGCGGUGUUAUAUAAAAACUUGUAUAGUUUCUGCAGGUUCUUUCAGCACGUAAUCGUCACUUGAUGCCAACAAGGAUAUGCUUUAUUGCUGAAAUUAUAUUCCAUUGUUGAUGAAAAUUGUAUUCUUCUACAGCAGUUGCUUGAUAGAGUUGCUCUUGCCCGCAGUUGGCACACGACGAAUUCACUUGUUCUUUGAGAUUCAUAGAAAAUUUUAUUUUUUUUUCAUAAAUAUUGUAAUCGUAACUAACUGUUGAAAUGUUCAUAAUUUUUAUUUUAAUGUAGAUGCGUUACGUUUGAAUUAGAUGUUUUUGCCAUAAUAUCACAAGACAGCCUCUACCACCACAGCCGGAACUGGUUAGCUGCUCUUGCCCAGACUGUCUUCCAGCCCAGCCAUCUUCUGCAUUCGCUUUAACCUAUCAUUUACCGAAAUAGGUCGACAUUAUCCCCGCCUGCCCAGCACAAUAUGGUUUUUCCAUAUCACUCACGCAGCAAAAUACCGAAGUCAAUACGUUUCAAGUCGAAGUGAUGUUUACGGCUCUCAUCGAUUCAUUAAAUUAACUGCAGGAGUUGUGGGUACCCGCCAUGGCGUCACAAAUCAACCAACCUAUUGUCACCCAAUACAAUACCGAUAAUCAACCCACGUUUCCUGAUAUUGUUGUUCAUGAGAAUUCUUUCGAGAUUUUUGAUUAAAAUAUAAUAUUAUUGUGGGCAAAUAAGUACACAAGCGUCGUUGUCACUCCGUUCCUUCUACAAGCAAUUAUUAUGAUAUUAAUUGAUGUUUUUUUUCUGAUGUGGAAUAUUGAUAAA